GAUAUUGUCCUCCAAGAACACUACUCGCCGCAAGGCGAGGCGCGACAGGGCGAAGGCCCGCAGGCAUUGGUUCCUGCAUCGAAAGGGUUUCAUCGCACUGGACAGAAUUGCGCUGGCGAGGCUUAUGCAACCUAUCCUUCUUCUUCUCAGAUGCCAACGAAGGCCAAAGGCAACUCGAAGGGGAAGAAAGGGAAGCAAGGGAAAAGCCAGAGCAAGCAGAACGACCAAAUGUCGCCCUUCCAGGCAGAGCCGAAGAGCUUCGCCCCAUGGACAACUUUGGACACAUCUGCUUUCACUCCAUCAACUACUCUCUCGCCCAACCCGUUUGCGGCGGCCAGCUCUUCUUUGGUUGCACAAGAUCAAGAGUGGGUCGAGGCACUAAAGAGAGCAUAUCCAGAUCCGGCGUUGAUGCCGGAAGAGACCAAGCUUCUGGUGGAAAAAGCCGAGAAAACCCAUGGAAGGAAAGGAAUAAAAAAUUUACAUCAAGCAACCACCUACCUUGGGAAGGUAAAGGACCAUCUAAGCGAGGUCUCCGACCACAGAAGGGCCCACCGAGCCCUAUGGAUGAAGCACAUGGCAGCAGGCAUUCAGAUUUGGGAGCAACAAUUAGACGAAUUUCGAAAACAUCAAGCAUUUCUCACAGAACAAGCGAGCAAAGCUCGCCAGGAAAUCACUGCAACCAGCAGGAUCAUACAGCAGCUCAGUCAUACAGCCGGAGGCACUUCGGCACCUCCCCCAUUGACUGUUGUUACAGCAGAGGUGGAGGAGCAUACGGAGGAUGCAGCCGACAAGGAGGAAGAGACUUUGAGGACAAACCUUCAAGCUGUUCUGAGAAAUUGCGCUGGAUCUCUGGGACUCGAUAUCGAACCACCCAAGGCAGUCGAAGUGGUGGAAGAAGUAGAGGCACCGCUGUCACGUUUGGCCGUGUUGAGCCGGGGGGUGAUAUCUCAGAAGGAUGGAGGCCAGACCGUCCCACCUUUGGACCAAUUGCAUGAAGGCUCCGACAGCUCUUCUAGUAGUCGGGAAGGAGCUGAUGAUGCAAUUGCAGCACGAGAAGAAGCAGCCCGCAUGGACCAGCCAGUUGAUUUCGCUCCGGAUCCACGCACUGAUGCAGCAGUUGGCAUUUUGGGUCAGUUGAUCGUCACGCAAAGACCGGCCGACAAUCAACGGUCGGCAGUCCUCUCAGUAUACGACUCUGACCCUGAUGCGGAACGUAUUCCGGUGAUCCAUCCGGAAGCAAAUCCGAGGCAUGCUUGUCAUAUCAUUCUGGAGCAGGGUCAUCAACCUUCACGUGCAGCCAUUGUCCUUAGUGCCCUUUUUGAGGGACCUACGCACGAUGCCAUCACUCAGGGAGCAUACUCGGUGGGACAGAGACAGUGUCCAGAUCAGGGUUGCAGCACCGGAAGCUGCCCAAGGAUGGAAUACGGAGUGACAUCCCAUGUCAUCAUUGUGCAAGCCCCAAAAAUUGAGUGGUCUACAUCGCUUGUCUCAGUGUCUGAUUACCGCUUGGGACCAAAUCCUAUGCGCAUUGCCAUUACUACCCUUGAACAUGUGACCUUUGAACAAAUUGUGCAUGGUGUCCAUUAUGACGAUCUUUGCAGACAUCGGCAGGAACCGGUGCAUUGUGAUGUCUGGUACCAACAGAUGCAUUUACUGCCAGGUCAACGAAUGCCCUGCUGGACGGGCUACAGUUUUGUGCUCCAUGUCAGCAGGCACAGACAGCCGCCAAUAGGCCAACCAGAAGGGGACCAUCAGGCAAUGUUUCAGACAUUUGGGCGGGCAUCUCCAGCCAGCCCACCGCGAUGUUCUGACGCUACCCAUGCGCAGCAGAUCAGAGUGGAUUUCGAACCAGCGCAAAAGGCACUGCAAUGGCUUGAUACCCAUUUCACUCUGCCCACUUAUGACAUCGAAGCUCAACUGGAUCCGGUGGCUUGUUGGUUGCCUCAAUGCCUUGACUGGAUCAGACAGGAAUGGUAUGAUUGGGACGGACCAGUUGAGUGUAUCCGUGUCUAUUACGAUGGUUCAUUUGAACCUAAGACUGAAACCUCUGGGUCAGCCACCGCAGCCUUCGUUCUACAAGAUGGAACCUGGAAGUUUGCUGGGGCGUUAUCAGUACAGCAGCAUAAGCCAAAGUUUGAAUCCUACACAGCUGAACUCACUGCUUCUCUCAUUGCGUGUAAGCAGGUCUUUGACCUUGUGAAAAUCAAUGCAGAGAUUUUUUCAACCUCACCUGCGGUAGAGUUUUUGUAUGAUUCACUCUCGGUGGGUAAGCAGUCAGAAGGUCAGUGGCAGGCCAGGCAGGACCCAAUCACAUGCCAUGCCAUUAGGCUUGUCCGAGAAUGGGUUUCUGGAGUGCACGUGCCAGCUGAUUUGCUUGCUGUUUUCCAAGCCUUGGAACAGGAAGGGUUGGAUGUGGCUGAAAUGUGUGAACGCAUUCACAUGCCUUCGUUGCUUGAAACCCUGCGCGCACCUCCCUUCCUGAUUCAACUCAUGAAGGACAUACAUGCUAGCACUUGGAUGACCAUUGGUAGCAGACGAUUUGCCAACACCAAACGAGGCACAAGACCAGGAAGCCCGCUUGCGGACUGCGUCUUUCACAUCCUGAUGGCCGACAUCUUACACCAGCUCCAUGAAUGGAUUCAUAGACAAGAAGAUUUUCAACGUAUUCUUGCUGAAUAUGACAUUCCAGGUGGCUUCGUGGCAUGGGCGGACGAUCUUGCAAUCCCUUGGGCAACCACCAGAGCGGCGGAUAUGCCCAAGGAACUACGUAGAAUCUUACAAUUUGUGCUGCAACUGUUCGAGAAGUACGGAUUCCUACUUAACCUGGAGAAGGGCAAGACUAGUGCAGUUGUUCUUAGGCUGAAGCCAGAUGAAGUAGCAUCCAUUCCUGCUGCAGAAAUCCUCAAGCGAGCACGCCAACCAGCUAUGGGGCCAUUACCCCUAUUCAAAGAUAGCAGAGAGAGAGAUCUCAGGAGCGCCCUAGCUAAACUGGCGCAGUGUGAGAAUCAGUUGCAUAUUGAGCAGGUACCAGAUGAUUCGGAGCAACACCAAAAUCUAUUCUGGCAAAGACUCACGGCACAAACACAAUUGUGGUUUCAACGAUUCCAAGAUGGUGGCUUUGAUGCUGACACCAUCAAGGAGCUACCUGAUGCAUGGUUGGACCAGAGUGCAGACCAAGACCCCCGCUAUGGCAACUGGCUUGAAUCAGUCUAUAUAAGUUGGGGGGAAAAAGUCAUGCCAGAUGUCCUUGCCGAACUCAUAGAUGGAGAAGCUGAGAUGCUGAUUGAGCAGGCUUUUACAGACAUGAUCUAUGACUUCCCACGAAUGCAGCUGUUGACUGAAAUCACGUUCUUGCGGCAGAAAAUCCGUAGAUUGGAGACGGAACAACAUGUGUUGUUCCCACACCGGACAGUCAAGCGGGGAUCAGCGAAUGCGAAGGAACGCGCAGCCCGGAUAUCCAUGCGUGCCUUGAAACCUUUGCUAACCAGAUGGGAUUUAAGGUCCAAAUUUUAUCCCUUGACGCUGCAGUUUCUGUCCACUUUGGUGGCUCAAGGUUCUGAAUUCUUCUUUCAGGGUAUUUUUGCUGCGGCAUGGUCAUUACGUUUUGGCAGUUUGUAUUUGAGUGAACAUCCAUGGAUGCCAGAAGAUGAGCAGAAAGUCA